CAUGGCAGCGGGCCCAUAUUAAACUGUGGGACGGCCCGACUCUGCGCACUCUCCACUUUGGGUCCGGCUAGGAUAGACUCUCCACCGCCGCUCGGGAUUUUCCCUCGUUCACCGUCCGAUCUGAGAGGAGAGGCCGUAGAAGCUAACAGUGCCGCAGCGCCACCUUCUGAUUGCUGAGGAGAGUGCAGCAGCGUCCAAACAGUCGCCAUGCCGAAGCAGCCCGCGGCAAAGAAGGAGGAUGACAAGAACCCGUUUGAGGGGGUUGACGUGAAGGACCCGAUCGUGGUCCGCGCCGCUACGCGCAUCCAGGCGGCCUUCCGGUCACACAAGUCCCGUAAGGAGCUGAUGGAGAAAUCCCUGCCCAGCUUCACACAGGUCAGUAGUCACACUUACUACACCUACUACAGCAACUACAGUUACUACCCUUACUGCAUUAGAGCUAGGGGCAUCCAGGCGGCCUUCCGGUCACACAAGUCCUGUAAGGAGCUGAUGGAGAAAUCUCUGCCCAGCUUCACACAGGAGCUGAAGGACAUGUUUGGUUACGAGGGCAGUGCCACCAGCUUCUUCUGCCGCGUGUGGGGCAUCCCCGACCCCGUCAUCACGUGGUACAAGGACGGAGAGCUCAUCAAGGAGGGACCCAAGUAUCAGAUCGGAUUCGACAGCAAGGACGGCACGACGCUGACGAUCCAGAACGUGAGCCGUGAGGACGUGGGACAGUACACCUGCAAGGCCAACAACAGUCACGGCGAGGCCUUCGACUCCGCUAGGCUCAUCGUCGAUAUUCCAGCCAAGGUCACAAAGCCUCCAGAGAAUGUCACGGCCAAGAAGGGAGAUACCAUCACCAUGCGGGUGGAGAUCGAGGGUGACCCUGAAGCUGACGUCAUCUGGAAGCACAAGAAGAAGGAGAUCAACGAGGGCGGACGUUACAGCUACGAGGACACGGACACUUACUCCAUCCUAAGGAUCCAGAACGCGACGGAAGAAGACGCGGGAAAAUACGAGAUUGAGGUGGAGAAUGACAUGGGCAAGGAUAGGACCUUCUGCGCGGUCUCUGUCAAGUAAACACGCGAAUCAGACAACACGUCUGGUGAAGAGGGGCAUCGCUGCACCCAGACACAGACUAGAGCAGUUCACAUUGUAGAGGAUGGGCGUCCAUCAAUGAUUUAAAAAAAAAUAACUGUCAGAAAAUAAGAAAUAAUCCAUACAGUGUCAGACGGACGAUUGCUGUAUAUGCCACAAUGUAAAGAGAAGAAGUAAAACAAAAUUUCAAUCCAUGUAACGUUACUGUCGUAAAACUACAUGUAGCACAAAAAAACUGGAAAUUGUGGCCCUUGUAGAGCUGAGAGUUUAUGUGAAUGGGGAGGAAUGAGUGCUUCGAAAUCGCAGGGACAGAACAAAAACACUGUUGCCACUGUGAAAAUUAUGCUGAGAUUUAAACAACUUCAAUUGUUCUUGACCACCAAAAAAUGUUAAUUUUGUUAAAAGCAAAGAACAAAAAAAUGGUCUCCUGAAGUUGUUAUCCUCAGCCAUGUUCCACGCUGGAAAGUCAGCUUGUUGUUCUUAUCCAGCGAUUUAUAAAAAAUACUAGAUUUUUGAGCAAUCUAAAAAUACAGGAAGAAACAGACAUGCUGAAGGGCUAUCACCAUCACUGGUACAUCAGUAUUUAAACCAGCACACAUAUCGCGAAAGCACUCGGCUAUAUAGCUUAUUGUCUUAACUUGCUUUAGCUGGUAUAACGGUGGGUGACUCCGGAAGUAUGGAGCGCUUUGCGUCACAUACGGUGUAAUGAUGUCACAUCCUGUUCAGUGACAUCACUUCCUGUCCAGUAACGUAAGGUAAUAUUCGUGUUUGGCGACUUCUUUUGUAAAAUGACAAAACGUGAAAAAGAACAAAAAGAAAAAAAAAGAGCCAUACUUUUGGAAUCCCCGCCAUUCAUGCUUCUUUUUUCAAAGCUUAGAAUGCUGAUAGUAUUCAGGUCUGAUGACAGUAUUUACAAAAGACAAAGGUCUGUGGACCGAAGAACAAUCCAUGGGACCCAAAUAUCCCCAUAUUACUACAGAAGAACCCUUUUUGUACAUUUGUGUGUUACUCGUUUUACCCCCCCCCCUCCCCAUAGUUAGGACAUGGUUGCGUCCGUGUGGAAAAAAAUUGGAUGGUUUUUGUGAACUAAACUGGAUGGUUUCAAUAACUUAACCUGGGUUGCUAGGUUACGCCGUAGUUAUCUGGCCAGAUAACGCGUGUGGUUUCAUUAAACUUUUGUUAACUAAA